AUGGGUGUACUCUCAGAUGGUUCUAAGAUUGCUGUUAAACAACUUUCAGCAAGAUUAAAGCAAGGAAACCGUGAAUUUGUGACUGAAAUAGGAAUGAUAUCCGCUUUACAACAUCCAAAUCUCGUGAAGCUUUAUGGUUGUUGUAUCGAAGGCAAAGAGUUGUUACUUGUAUAUGAAUAUCUCAUCAACAACAGUCUUGCACGUGCCCUUUUUGGCCGAGAGGACCAGAAGCUUAAUUUAGAUGAGGAAUCAAGGUUGAAAAUAGUUCAUAGAGACAUAAAGGCCACAAAUGUGCUUUUUGACAAGGAUCUUAACGCCAAAAUAUCAAAUUUUGGUUUAGCAAAACUUGAUGAAGAAGAGAAUACUCAUAUCAGUACACGAAUUGCUGGAACAAUAGGUUAUAUGGCUCCAGAAUAUGCAAUGAGAGGAUACUUAACAGAUAAAGCGGAUGUCUACAACUUUGGAGUUGUGGCUUUGGAGAUUGUGAACGGGAAAAGCAAUACAAAUUAUAGGCCAAAGGAGGAAUUUCUCUUCCUUCUUGACUGGAAUGACAAAAUGGAGACAGUGGGGUCUGAAACAGAAGCAUACGCCAUUGCUGACAUCAUGGCUUACUGCAAGUCAGAGGUGUAUACAGUCAACUGUGGGAUGGCAUUUGGUACAAAGUACGAUUUGGAUUAUAAAUCUCCUAAUAGAUCGGGACAAAACUUCAAGUCAGGAGAAGAUAUGGUUGAGAUGUUGAAGAAGCAAUGGAAAGAUAGUUAUGGCAUUGGGGGGAGGAUACAAUCUCAACUCAAUAGCAAAUUCAGUACUUUCUUGUGUAUAAGUUCUAUUAGAAGACAAACAUAUUUUUGA